GCACGCGAGCCGGCUGUCCGAGGCGUGAGUUGGGCGGGGCGCCGCGCUGACGUUACCCGGGAUGCGGGCCGGUUCCGCAGCCGUCUUCGCCGCCUCCGCCUCUCCAGCCACCCGGGUUUGUAUGAAAACACCGGACGGCGGGCGGCGAGGGACCCGCCGUGCGCCCCCGGAGCCGCGGGCGCGGAGGCCGAGCGCAGCCCCCGCCAGCGCCCACGCCGAGCCGAUUACCUUCAGUGCUGGAAUGAAGUGACCCAAGAUGAGCAAGCUGAAAGUGGCGGGAGAGAAAAGCCUCACCAAUAGUUCUCGGGUUGUGGGACUCCUGGCUCAGCUGGAGAAGGUCAAUACAGACUCCACAGAGUCAGACACUGCCAGACAUGUUACAUCCAAGAUUCUUCAUUUGGCUCAAAGUCAAGAAAAAAUAAGGAGGGAAAUGACAACCAAAGGUUCUACAGGCAUGGAAGUUCUGUUGGCAACAUUGGAGAACACGAAAGAUCUUCAAACUAUACUUAAUAUCCUAAGCAUUCUUUUCGAGCUGGUGUCAUCUGGUGGAGGUCGAAGAGCAAGUUUCUUAGUUGGCAAAGGCGGCUCACAAAUACUGUUGCAACUACUUAUGAAUGCUAGCAAAGAUUCUCCCCCACACGAGGAAGUUAUGGUGCAGACUCAUUCCAUUCUUGCAAAGAUUGGACCAAAAGAUAAAAAGUUUGGAGUGAAAGCUCGAGUUAACGGGGCCCUGAACGUGACUCUCAGUUUGGUCAAGCAGCACUUGCAGAACCACCGCUUGGUUCUACCUUGUCUUCAGCUCUUACGAGUGUACUCUACUAACUCUGUGAACUCAGUAUCUUUAGGUAAAAAUGGAGUUGUGGAGCUGAUGUUUAAAAUCAUUGGACCAUUCAGUAAGAAGAAUUCGGGUCUUAUGAAGGUUGCUUUAGACACUCUUGCUGCAUUGCUAAAAUCAAAAACAAAUGCCAGGAGAGCCGUAGACAGAGGAUAUGUUCAAGUACUUUUAACAAUUUAUGUAGAUUGGCACCGCCAUGAUAAUCGGCAUAGAAACAUGCUCAUUCGGAAGGGAAUUUUACAGAGCCUAAAAAGUGUCACAAACAUCAAGUUGGGAAGAAAAGCAUUUAUUGAUUCGAAUGGGAUGAAGAUUCUGUAUAACACUUCACAAGAAUGCUUGGCGGUCAGGGCCCUUGAUCCUCUUGUCAACACCUCUAGUCUGAUAAUGAGGAAAUGUUUCCCCAAAAACCGCCUGCCACUCCCAACCAUUAAAAGUUCUUUCCACUUCGAGUUGCCAGUUAUCCCCGUGACUGGACCUGUGGCCCAGCUCUACAGCUUACCCCCUGAAGUAGAUGACGUAGUAGAUGAAAGUGAUGACAACGAUGAUGUUGAUUUAGAAGCUGAAAAUGAAGUUGAAAAUGAAGAUGACCUAGAUCAAAAUUUUAAGAAUGAUGAUAUUGAAACAGAUAUUAACAAAUUAAAACCCCAGCAAGUACCAGGACGAACAAUAGAAGAACUGAAAAUGUAUGAACACCUCUUCCCUGAGCUUGUUGAUGAUUUUCAGGACUAUGACUUAAUCUCUAGAGAACCCAAACCUUUUGUGUUUGAGGGGAAAGUGCGAGGUCCCAUUGUUGUUCCCACAGCUGGAGACGAAGCAUCUGGGAAUUCAGGUAGUGUAAGGAAAGGCACUGUCAUGAAGGAGAAAGGAGAGGACUCGAGGGAAGAUGGCCAGGGCAGCAGCAGGACACUGCCGCAGCAGCUCGGUGCUCAGAACACAGCUGCCUCUCCAGCCCACAACGACCUUGUGAAGGCCUUGGACCGCAUCACCCUGCAGAGUCUCCCUUCGCAAGCGGUGGGGCUAAGGAAGGAGUAUGGUCUUCCUCUCACCGUCCUCUCCUGCACGAAGGUGUGUGCACAUGCGGCUACGUGUGGAAGUACUCUUUUUGAGGGGCGGACAGUACAGCUUGGGAAGCUGUGUUGUACUGGAGUUGAGACGGAAGAUGAUGAAGAUACUGAGUCCAGCUCCUCAAUAGAACAGGUUUCUGUGGUUGAAGGCGCCAAUGGAUCAACACUCCAUGACCCAGAACUGUAUAUUGAGGUUGUAAAAAAUACCAAGUCUGUUCCAGAGUAUUCAGAAGUGGCUUAUCCUGAUUAUUUUGGUCACAUUCCUCCUCCCUUCAAAGAGCCUAUUGUAGAAAGGCCUUAUGGUGUACAAAGGACAAAAAUUGCCCAAGAUAUCGAGAGGCUGAUACACCAGAACGAUAUCAUAGACCGGGUGGUGUAUGACUUAGAUAACCCUAACUAUGCCCCACCAGAAGAAGGAGAAUUUUUGAAGUUUAACUCAAAAUUUGAAUCUGGGAAUCUGCGCAAAGUAAUUCAAGUUAGAAAAAGCGAGUAUGAUCUCAUUCUGAACUCAGAUAUCAACAGUAACCAUUACCAUCAGUGGUUCUACUUCGAAGUCAGUGGGAUGCGGCCAGGUGUUGCGUACAGGUUCAACAUCAUCAACUGUGAGAAGUCCAACAGUCAGUUUAAUUAUGGCAUGCAGCCACUUAUGUACUCAGUUCAGGAGGCUCUGAAUUCCAGACCAUGGUGGAUCCGCACGGGCACUGAUAUUUGUUACUACAAAAAUCACUUCUCAAGAAGUUCAGUUGCUGCUGGUGGACAGAAGGGAAAGUCCUACUACACAAUCACGUUCACUGUGAACUUUCCACAUAAAGAUGAUGUGUGCUAUUUUGCCUAUCACUAUCCAUACACAUAUUCAACUCUUCAGAUGCAUCUUCAAAAGCUUGAGUCAGCCCACAAUCCCCAGCAGAUUUACUUUCGAAGAGAUGUGCUGUGUGAGACCUUGUCUGGAAACAGCUGUCCCUUGGUGACCAUAACGGCAAUGCCAGAGUCUAACUACUAUGAACACAUCUGUCAAUUCAGAAACCGCCCUUAUGUUUUCUUGUCUGCUCGGGUACAUCCUGGAGAAACUAAUGCAAGUUGGGUCAUGAAAGGAACACUGGAAUACCUCAUGAGCAACAGCCCUACUGCCCAGAGCUUGCGGGAGUCUUACAUUUUUAAAAUUGUCCCGAUGCUAAAUCCAGACGGUGUCAUCAAUGGAAAUCACCGCUGCUCCUUAAGUGGGGAGGAUUUGAACAGACAGUGGCAAAGUCCAAACCCAGAUUUACACCCUACGAUUUACCAUGCGAAGGGGCUACUACAGUACCUGGCUGCGGUGAAGCGCUUACCUCUGGUUUAUUGUGAUUACCAUGGCCAUUCUCGAAAAAAGAAUGUAUUUAUGUAUGGCUGCAGCAUCAAAGAGACAGUGUGGCAUACCCACGACACUGCGACUUCCUGUGAUGUUGUGGAAGACAUGGGAUACAGGACUUUGCCUAAGAUACUGAACCACAUUGCUCCAGCAUUUUGCAUGAGCAGUUGUAGCUUUGUGGUGGAAAAAUCCAAAGAAUCCACAGCUCGGGUUGUAGUGUGGCGAGAAAUAGGAGUUCAAAGGAGCUAUACCAUGGAGAGCACUUUAUGUGGCUGCGAUCAGGGAAGAUACAAGGGUUUACAGAUUGGGACUCGAGAAUUGGAAGAGAUGGGAGCAAAAUUUUGUGUUGGUUUAUUGCGUUUGAAAAGACUGACUUCUCCAUUGGAAUAUAAUCUGCCCUCCAACCUGCUUGACUUUGAAAAUGACUUAAUUGAAUCAAGCUGUAAAGUAACUAGGAACCGUGGCAGCUCUGAACUCCGGCUUGUCCCUGCAGUCCUUUGAACUUGCUGGCGCUCUGUGGACACCCCGCCCUGGCAGCUGCCUUCUUUGCCCUGCUUCCCACUGGACUUUGCCCCGCACUUUCCCUUGCUGACUUUGCUUUGUAUCCUUUCACUGCAAUGAGCCAUGAGUGUGAGCUCUGCUGUGCGCAUCUCCCUCUCCACCCACUGCUCCUGGGAGCGUUGGGGGUCCCCAGUUUUUUCAGCCCAUUCUGAGUUUGUUAUGUUUGGUCACCACAAAAAUGCUGGUGUUUUGCUGAGAACAGUUGGAGCUAGGUCAUACUGUACCGCUGCAGCUUAGAAUUUACUACAGAGGCUCUCCUCUAAACCCCAGGAAGCUGAUGCCCUUUGAAUGUACAAGGAAAACUCCCAGAGGGUGCCACUUGCAGAGCUGUGGCUCUGUGUAUGAUGGGUGGUCUGUGCAUCUGGCACUCUGCUAUGAGAACUGGCUUUUGGUUGAUUUCAUAAAAGCUGGAGUUUAGUGGCACCAUUUCAUUUAUUUUUACUUUUAUUUUUAUUUUUAUUUUUUUACAUCCCUAGCCUUGCCACAAAUCAGAAAUUAACAAUUCCUUUCUUUUUUCCACAUAGAUAUUCUUUGGUUAGCUAUAUUGUAUAGUAGCUCUGCCUUCUCUCCCCCCUUCCCUGUCUCUCUGUGUGUGCUUCGAUAUGCUUGUAAGUGUGCAGUAGCAGUUUCAGACUGAUAUACAUAUAUUUCCUAUGAAAGGGAAGGUGGUUGUGAGUAUGUGAGGCAAUAUAUGUGAAGGUUCUUUCUAAGUUGUAAAGUGCAGAGAACAUAAACUAAAAUUCAACAAAAGGAAGUGAAUGGCUAUAAUUGGCCUUGUGCCUGAAAACUUUCCUGCUAAAGUGAAAUAGUGGGAUGUCGUAAUGUGAACACUGGUGAUCCUGUUUGCCUCCUUGCUCUUCAUGGGAACUGAGGUGGAUUGUUGGGGAGAUCAUGUAAAACUGUUAGAACACCGUGGCAGGCAGACAGACAGACAGACAGACAGACAGUUGGCUCUAGUCCAGGCCACAUCACCAGAGACAGACAGUAGAGUAGGCCACACAGAGAAGAGUCAGGCCCUCAUGGAGGGAGUGUAAAAUCUUUUUAUGACAUGUUGAGAAUGGAAGUGGUUUCACAACACAAGCUUGCAGCUGGACUCUGAUUCCCAGGCCGGGAGUACAGAUGGGUUGGGGAGCAGGAAUGGUCACACUCCACUUAAUGUAACCUUGUUUGUCUAGAUAAGAACCCCUGGUCCCCAUGAGUCUGUUAUCGAGAGACAGCCAGCGUGUUUCAGUAAGGCUGGUGUCUGAGAGAAAGGGUCUCUAUAGACAGGACCCUAACAUCACAUUCUUACAUUCUUUAAGUAUUUGGCAAAUAUUUAUUGGUGUAUCUGAAAAGUGCUGCUAGAGGCAUUUAUAUAGGCAAGUCACAGUUCCUGACCUUUCUUUUGUAUUGAGAAGACAGGCAUGGCAAUGGGUGGCUCCAGCUGCAUGUGGUGGGCAGAUGGGAUGUUUGUACAGGGUGCAGAGGACAUGUGGAGAGAGGAAACUCCUGCCAAGGCGUUUGGGAGAGCUGAGGAUGAGACCACGUUGUGCUUUGAAAGAAACAUGAGCCACUGGGGGCAGAAAGUGGGAAGUUUACUGUGUGCAGGGAAAAUAAGCUUGGUCAAGGCUUGUCAUGGAGCAUGUGGAUCUUGGCACAGUCUGGACACUAAGGCUGGCUUUCUUCUGGAGAAGUUUGAGUUGUGUAACUUUCUCCAUAAAUGGAUUUGAGAAUAAAAAGAAGAACAGAUUUAGUGGGGAGAACAAUAAGUUUUCAACAUGCAGUAUUUGUGUAAGAUAGCCAUGUAAUGUCUCUAGCAACUCCAUAUGUGUGUAAGAGGGUCCUGUGAAGUCAGGCUACAUGUUUGCAUUUAGAACUGAUGAGAAUUUGCAUUAAAAUGGGUGAGCAUAUUCAGAGGGCAUGCACGGAUGGAGAGCUGGAGACAGGGAGGAUGGAACAAACCCAUAUGGAAGAGGCAGAGUUCUCUUCACAGUUGAGUGCAGCAGAGGCGGCUAGUGAAAGUGGCGUGUGAACAGUACUGUGGGGGCUGGGCAUGUGCGGAAUGGAGAAUCCCAUGCUCUCAUAGACACAGACAUCUCUGCUCUCCUUUCCUCAGUCCUGACGGUGUUCCCUGCUAGCACAGUGGCCCUGCCCCAGUGUGAGAAGGAGUUCCUGAAACUAAGCCUAGGAACAAAGUGUUCUCACAGUCUGGGGAGGCAAGAGUCUGAAAGACCAUUGAGGGCUUCAGGUGUGGACUAAGAGAGUGGCCUCAUUUCCUGUGCUUUCCAUUCUCCUACCAGAGUAGGUGAUGUGGCAAACAGAGUUCUUGGUGAAUGACCAGGUUUGUUUAUGCUGAGCCGAUGAGUGAACCAAGACCUCCAGGAUGGAACAGCUUCUGGGGCAGGCCUGCCUGUGUCCCUCUGUGCUUCUUGGGAGCUUGCCCUCUUGGUCUGAGGCUCCUGUCCUUGCUGUCUUGGAGGCUGCUCUCCUCUCAUCCUGUCUUCUCAUUGGUGAACAGCUGUAAGAAUGCCGGCCUUCAGACCUCUUCUCAAGUUCCACUUGAUGAACUCUGCUGUCUGCCUCCACACAACAUCAAUCCUUAUUCCGACCACAGGCUCCUCACACAGCCUAGCUCCAGCCUCCUUUCUUACAGUAGGCAGGUGUGGUAGCAGCUGUAGAUCUUCACACCGUCCACCUUCUGCCUGUGCCCUCACCUCCCGGGAGCUGCCGUCCUCUGCCCGCCAGCAGCCUGUGUGCUAGCACUGCGGUGCCUCUCUGAUUCUCACACUGCAGCGAGAACUAAGCAAGCAUGUGACAGCCGGUUGUGUGCUCUCUUCUCUUCGCUUCAUUUGUCUCAGCCUCUUAGGAGCCACCUGGGACUUUUAGGAGACUUUAAACACUGAGGUCAAGGGGAAAUCGAUUAUCAUAUUUCAAAAGCAAGAAGGAUAGUAACAGCUGUUUCUAAAACAACUAAUCUUUUUUACAAUCUUUCUGCUUAUAAAGAUCUAGCUGUCAAAUUUAUAACUAAAUAUUUAAAUUUCACAGUGAAAAUUGGGAUUUGUCCUUGUGAUUCUUGGGUCUGUUGAAUCUCAUUCAUUUUCCAAGCCAGUCAGCAUCUUUGCCUUUUAGCUGAAGGCUCUGAACUUCUCAGAGAAAUCCGUUGUGUUAGAGGAAAAUGGCUUGCAGUAACGACCCCCUCCCCUUUUGGCAAGGGUAAACCUCACUGAAGGAAGAAAGUGCCUUUUCAUACAAGUUUUACUUUCUCCUCUCAGAAUUGUAACUGCAGGCUCCAAUUGCCUUCUCUGCUCCAGCAUGUUGGCCUAGAAUUUCAUGCUCAGCUGUGGGUUCUAUUGUCUCUAGAGUUGAUUGACCCACGUUUCUUAUUUGAACAGACUGUUCUCUCUUUUGUCUAGUUUUAUGUUUUUAGUUGCUUCACCUAUCAGAAAUCAUUUUUGAGAAGUAAGUGGUCUAUAAGCAAACAUGCAUAUGAAAUUCAUGUUGAUUGGUCAUAACUUCAGAGUGUGUGAAUUGCCUCUGCAGUGUUCCCACCAAUGGAAAGCAGUAAUGGAAGAGUUGUUUCCGUCCCUUAUACACUACAUAAAGAGAUGCUUAGAGGCACUUGUAGCUGUAAACAAACAUCUUAUUUUCUAUCCCAGUGGGAAAUAGUCUGGGUGUGCACUUGCCAUCUGGACUUAUGGGCACUGCGGGGAUGUGGCUGUAACCAGUUCAUAGCAGCAAAUCACUCUGAGGAUUCAAUGGUUUAAUGUGCCUGUCCACAGCUUCUCACACAGCCUGUUGGCAUUACCUGUUGCCUGAUUGACAGGGAUUAAAAUAGAACUUUAAAAUAAAUCUGUAAAGCAUGUGUGUUGAUGAAAUCCUUGAAGUAGCAACUGAGAGAGUCCAUUUUCCCUCUGUCUUUUGGUAUGCUGUGUGUAGACACUUGCAGUAUCACUAAAGACUGUUUCAACCCAUACUGCAGCUUGCAGCUGUUAUAACCCUCUCACCUUGUUCACGUGGACAGGAACUCCAACUUAGUAUGAGUUGCUGUAUUAUUGAGGUCAAAGUUGGUGUGUGAGGUGGUGUAUAGAGCCUUGCUCUCACGAAGUUGUGUGUUCUGUGAUACUGAGGUCAAGGGUAGUGUGUGAGGUGGUACCUUGCUCACAGCCUUGCUCUCAUGAAGUCAUGUGUUGUCUGCUUUGGCUGCAGCCCCACCACUUACGUUUUGGAUGAAGAUGAACCUCGGUUUCUUGAAGAAGUUGAUUAUAGUGCAGAAAGCAAUGACGAGUUAGAGGUUGAAUUAGCAGAGAACACGGGUGAUUAUGAGCUUUCUGCCCAAGAAGAAGCCCU